AUGAAUCCUAAAAAUAAUAGUAGUUCUCCUCAAGAUCGCAAUCUUCCAGAUACUUCAAAAAAAAAAAAUACAAGAACUAGUAGUGUUGCUCUCACUCCUCCUUAUACAAGUAAAAACAGAUUCGCCCCACUUCUAACUCUCCAAGACAACGACAAAACGGACGGCACCGACGACGAAGUCAGCUCUCAACAAUCACAGGUUAGACCAAAAAUUCCACCUAUUUACGUAUACAACAUUUCUGAUUAUCAAAACUUCCAUACAUCAUUAUCCAAUAUAACUUUUGAUGAAUUCUCCAUCGUGAACACAAAAUCUGCUCUCAAAUUAAACAUGGAUUCCGUUGACGAUUAUAGAACCGCAACAAAACUUUUUGACGAUUCCGGUAUAGAAUACCACACUUACCAAUUCCCAGAAAACAAACAACUAUCUGUCAUCAUUAGGAACCUCCCUGUAAAUAUAUCAGAAGCUUGCAUAUAUAAAGAACUCGUAGAACUGAAAUUCGAAGUAGCCUCAGUUACUCGUCUGCAAAAUAAAUUUAAAACUCCAAUACCUAUUGUAGCGGUACUGCUAUCCAAAUCAUCUGCUGCGAUUUACUCUCUAAACAGACUCUUGCAUUGUGUAGUAGCGGUAGAACAAAGGCAACCUUCCAAAGGCAUUCCUCAAUGUACUAACUGCCAGCGUUUUUCGCCUACAAAAAAGUUUUGUCACUUACCACCUAGAUGCGUCAAAUGCGCAGGUGACCACCACUAUAGUUCUUGUCCAAAAGAUAUAAACACUCCACCAAAAUGUGUAAACUGCCUUAGCGAUCACCCAGCGAGCUACAGAGGCUGUACUUUCUAUAAAGAAAUUUCAAAAAAAAAAAACAAUAAUAACAAAAAUAACGCUACCCAACUUCCAAGCAAUUAUACGAAAUUCAAAUUCCCGGCGAACAUCUCUAAUAGUACACAAAAUGACGUAACCGAUAAACGUUCAUAUGCUGCCGCAACUAAAAAUAAAUUGCAAGAUAAACCAUUAAACAACACAGAUAACGACUUCAUGAAAACGCUGUUACCCUUAAUUAACACAUUCGUUUCUCAAUUAUUGCAGAAAAUAAUAGAAAAUCUGCCAGCCAUCCUUAAUAGCGUACAUCUAAACUCAAAUGGAUCUCCAUAA